UUAAAGACACACUAUGCAGUUAUUUUACCUUAAUAUAACAGCUUCAAAGUCAUUUCGAUGGUAAACGAAGUCAUAGUAUGGCGAAUCAUCCUCCUGUUGAAGCUCGGGGAGGACGCCGCUAGCAAAACCAUCAAUGCAAGCUUGAGAGAACCGCCCCUGACAAAUCUCGCGAGAAUCACGACUUGCUUUACGGCAACGACGUCACACACGUUAGGCUUUUUCGACUUCGUGCAGCGCUGCAAGAACCGGCAGUCGGAUGACGUAAAAGUACCGCGAGAAUGAUCCGAGACGGCACUUUGACGUCAUCCGGCUGUUCUAUUCCUGUAGCGCUGCAUGAAGUCGCACAAGCCUAUAACAACAACUGCACUCGCGCAUUUGAGACGUGAUGCUUGAUGAUGGAAACAGCUAAGAAAACCCGUUCGGAAGAGAGUAGGAAGCGAAAAAGAGAAUCUGACCGAGUUAGGAACCGGACAAGAGUCCCACUCGGCCAGGCUUUUACUCGUUGGCGUGAGCUAAAAGACAGCACUGGAUGCAAAAGGGAUUCUGAUCUGGCGAUCUUGUUGAUGGACAACUACCAGGAUCGGGUCGUAAUGUCUACACCCAGCAAAGGACACAAAAGACCACCAAAGCCACCCGUGUCAAGUAUAACAGAGGAGUCAGAAUGUGAUCGAGAUGAACAUUUCACUGAAACUGGUGUCCAGCCAUUGGUCACAGAGACAGAAGAGGGUGGUGUUUUGGAAACCAGCAUGCGUUCUCUGAGCAUUGCUGAAGAACAUGACUCUACAGAUGAGGGGGAUGCCAAUGACUUGAGGAACAGCUUCAUCGAAAUGGAUGAUUGUUGGGUUGAUCCUUCUCACAAGGACUGGAAGGAUGACUAUAGCUCGGAUGAGGAUUUUGUUCCUUUUCUACAGCUACGAACUGGUCGUGUCAACACAAAUGAUCUUGCUGAAAUAAGCUUAGAUGAAGCUGUGCUUGAUGUAGCCACACCCAAUCCCCCUGAACUGGAAUACAUUCCUGAACAAGAACGAGUUCUCUGUGAGGAUGAUCUGGUGGGGAAAAGUGCCAACAUCACCUACAACAACAACCUCCAUCAGCUUGCUAUGUACUUGAGGCUACCACUACAGAAGUGCAACUACAUAGACAGUAUGUCUGGUGUAGCAUGCCAUGGUGAACCGCCAUUUCGGGUGACCCUGAAACCUCGGGGGACUGGAGUCAUUUUGGAAUGGUUAUGCCCCUUUGGACACACUCUGUGGAAAUGGAACUCACAGCCAGUUUUGAAGUUCGGCAUGCAAGGGGGUGACUUCAUGCUGGCUACCAAUAUUCUUCUGUCUGGCAACAACUACAGGAAGAUUGCCCUCCUCUUUCAAUUCAUGAAAAUGCCAGUGGUUGCUGAGGGGACUUUCUUCCGAAUUCAAGACGCUUAUUGUAUUGAUCCGGUCCAGGAAUUUUGGGAAAAAAAUAGGGCAAACAUUAUAGACAGGUUGCGUCAGGAAGAACAUGUCGUUGUCCUAGGUGAUGGCAGAAUGGACUCUCCAGGACACUGUGCACAAUACUGCACUUACACAACUCUUGAGCAAGAGUCAAGAGACAUUGUGCACAUUGUCACCAUAGACAAGCGAGAAACGAAAAGGAAUUCCGUGAUUAUGGAGAAGGAGUGCUUCAUCAGGACCAUGGACGCACUAAUCAAGGAAAUUCCUGUCAGAGAAGUUGUUACAGAUGCCCAUCCACAAAUAUCUGCCUUGCUUAAUCCAGAGCGUGGGCGCUACAAAGGCAUUCAACAUUCACUCGACAUAUGGCAUGCUGCCAAAAAUCUUGGAAAGAAGUUACGACGGGCUGGCACCAUAAAAAAUCAGAAUUCAAUUCUGGUUUGGAUGAAGGACAUCGUGAACCACUUUUGGUAUUGCUGCAAACAAGCAUUGACAGAGGAGCAGUUCAAGAUGAUGUGGCAUGGAGUCUUACACCAUGUCCGCAACCAACAUUCAUGGGCAACUGGAUGCUGUGAACAUGAGCCUCUGGAUGAAGGAAGCCAAAACAAGCCAUGGAUCCAGCAAGGUUCAGCAGCUCAUCAGGCACUUACAGCAAUUGUGCUUGACAAGCGCUGGUUGAGCCAGGUGAAGAAGUUCAUAAACUUUAGGACCACAUCUGAUUUGGAAAGCUUCCAAAAUCAUAUACUAAUGUAUGCGGCAAAGCGCUUCGCCUACAGCCCACCUGUAUACAAGACGCGAGUUUUGCUUGCCGCCUUAGAUUACAAUAACCACAAUCAUCGCCUGCCAGCCCGUAACAAGGAUGGACACAAAAUAUAUAGAAGAUACUUCAACAAAAAAUCAAAAAUCUGGAGUGUCUACACCACAAAGGAAAAGAAGCAGUAUAGCUACAUACAAGACCUUCAGAAGGCCAUUCUGGGGAGAAGAAUUCGAAGUGGGAGAGGCCUUCCCCGCAAACAGACGCUCAGGUCCGAUGACCCAAGGCGCAUGGGUUUGCUUGCUGCUGUACCGCCACCACCCACUGCAGAACUUGUGCAGGGCCACAUUGAAAGAGGAGACAUUCCUCCACAGUGACUGUUGUAUUGUAAUCUGUUUCUUGUAAAUAUUUGUAAUAAAUGAUGGAUAAUA